AUGAACUGCCUCAAAUCACGCGGCUACUGCGAGGGCUAUGUGAUCAAGCCAAGAAAGAAGCGGUCCAAGCCGGAGACGACAGCCCCAACACCAGAAUCGGUCGUGAGCAAGCCCGUAGACCGGCUUAUGCAACUCUCUCCGAGAAGACUGCUUGAGCCCAACGUCAACACGAUGGACUUCGAGACGGACCUCAACGCCCUGUAUUUCGACGAGUUUGUCAGCCUUAUGCGCGUCUCCAUCGGCGGAGGCACCGCGGCAGGGGCCAAGCUGUGGAGGACCACGAUGCCGCAGCUGGCGCGCACGAAUGAUACCCUCCGACACGCCGGCAUCGCCAUCGGGGCUCUCGCCAUGUCCCAUCAGAUGGAGCCCAUGAGUCCGACGCAGGCUCUCACGACGCUGAGUCCGCAUUACCAGCACGCCGUGGCCAGCUACUGCCGUGCCCUGCGUCUCCAGGGGCAGGCCUCGCCGGGGACGAUUCUGCAGGACACACUCUUCCUGUCGGUGCUCUUCAUCUGUUUCGAGAUCAUCAGGGGCGACCGCCAGUCCGCCCUGCAACACAUCAAUCAUGGCUUGGCCGUGCUGUUCGCCACGGUGAGUGGCGACUACGGCGACAUGUCGCACCUCGCUCCAAACCCGAAAGCCUUCCUCGCCGACCUCGUGGACACGUUCGCCAACCUCGCCCACCAGGCUCGCAGCGUUCUCGAUGGGCGUAUUGGGAGCGGGCCUUCGCUGCCGGCCCUCAACAAGGGGCUCGAGGAGAACGGCCAGACAUUCGAGGCGUUCACGCUGCUCCUGCUGCACUUGCCGAAAAGCACAGCCGAAAUCGAGACGUGCCCAGUCGAGUUUCGCAACGUGGCCGAGGCCGAAGAGUACUGGGUCGCGACCCAGAGGCACGGCGCCCUCAAGGCGCCGGAAACAAUGCAGCUCGUCUACGACUCGGGCCUGUUGCAGUCCGAAGACGACGACGAGGUCGACCGCAUCAUCGUCGACCUGCUGGCGCACCCCCAUCUGGACCGCGUCUGCGCCGAGGUGUUCCGCGUCACCACCAUCUGGGACGGCGCCUUCCAGCCGCUCUACCGCCGGCUCAUGCUCGCGGGCACGGCCGACCGGGACAGCUACCUCCGCGCGCUGCACCUGCGGCUCAUGUUCCUCAUCGUGCACUUCAUGUCGAAGCUGCCGCAGCUCGGCGACCACCGCACGGCGGAGGCGCUGACGCCCGUGUGCCGCGAGAUGAACUCGCUGCUCGAGACGAGCCUGCGGACGCUGCACCUCGGCUUCACGACGCCGGCGCACCGCGUGUCGCUCGACGGCGGCAUCACGUGGCAGCUGUCGCUCGUGGCGCUCUACUGCCGCGACCCGCUCGUGCGCGAGGACGCCAUCCGCAUCAUGGAGCGUUACCCGCGCCGCGAGGGGCUCUGGGACACGCGCAUCUUCGUCGCCGUGGCGCAGCGGAACCGCAUGAUCGAGAAGAUGAACGCCGAGCACGGCACGCCCCAGGAGCAGUGGCUGCGACUGUGGCGGCGCGAGUUUCUCCUCGAGGACGCCGGCAACCGCAUCCUCAUGCGGCACAUGGCCUGGGACGAGGCGCGCGGCGGCUGGGAGCUCGUUGAGGCGGCCGGCGAGAUUGAUCCCGCCACGGCCGAGGCCGUCUGGACGAGGCAGCCCAUGACGGGCAAGAAGCGGUUCAUGUUGUCGAACCUCAUACCGAUCCCUGGGCGCGAGUAG